UGCUGCAUCCAACGUGGGUCGCGGCUGGGAAGCGCGAGUGGUUUAAUAUUAACGGCCGCUUCCCUAAGGGCGAGUAGCUCCUUGAGGAAAGCUGGUAGCGGAGAGCGGCGGUGGCCGUGACCGUGAGUUGCAGGCCUGCUGACCUCGGCUUUCUCUUGAAUUCGAACGAGUGAGAGAGUUAGCCAGGUUCAGUCGGUUGGUGUGGGCUGGAGCUGCCGCUUGGUUUGUGUUUGUGUUUGUGGAGCGGCGCUCCCUCGGUGCGAGGCAAAAUGGCGACGCUCGGGCUGUCGGCGUCCCCCCUCCUCCUCCUCCCGUUGCUGUUGGCGCUUUCGGACCCCAGACCGGCUUCGUGCACAGGACCAGGACGUGGAGCUGGCUCCCAUCCGGUCACCCCCGGGGCCAUGCAGUGCAUCCCGGGCUGUACUUGUAGCGGGGAGCAGCUGGAUUGCAGCAAACAGGCCUGGACUCACAUUCCCCGUCAGCUGCCUGCCUGGGUCGUCUACUUAAACCUGAGCUACAACAGACUGGCAUCAAUUGACCCCUCUGUUUUCACAGAACUACCCAACCUUCGUGAAGUACGACUUGACCAUAAUGAGUUGACUGCAAUUCCUGAGAUAGGAUCCGCUUCAGCCCGCCUUGUAUUUCUCUACUUGCACCACAACAAGAUCCGCAGUAUUGAGGCAAAUCAUUUGAGGUUUUAUGAGUCCCUAGAAACACUGGACCUAACGUAUAAUGAAAUAACUGAAAUCCGAAACAAUUGCUUUCCACGCCAACUCAAAAUUAAAGACCUAUAUCUGGGCAACAAUCGAAUAAGCAUUUUGGAGCCUGGCACGUUUGAUAAUUUGUCAAGUACCUUACAAAUUCUUCGACUAAGCAAAAACCGAAUUUCACAUUUGCCUGUCAAGAUCUUCAAGUUACCACGUUUGUUGCAUCUGGAGCUGAACCGAAACAGAAUACGUCUCAUUGAUGGGCUAACAUUUCAGGGAUUAGACAGCUUGGAAGUGCUUAAGCUGCAGAGGAAUAACAUCAGCAAACUCAUGGAUGGAGCCUUCUGGGGCCUUGCCAGGAUGCAAGUUUUGCAUUUGGACAGUAAUAUCUUGAAUGAAGUGACUAGUGGCUGGCUUUACGGGCUGUCCGCCCUACAGCAGCUUUUCCUGAGCUACAAUACCAUCUCUCGGAUAAAUCCUGAUGCCUGGGGCUUCUGCCAGAAGCUAGCAGAACUGAAUCUUUCUCACAAUAACCUGAUCAGAUUGGAUGAGGGAAGCCUAACAGGGCUGAGUGGGCUCCAGAUUCUUCGCUUAAGUCACAAUACAAUAAGUCAUAUUGCUGAUGGCGUCUUUAAAGGACUUCGAACCCUGCGAGUAUUGGAACUGGACAAUAAUGAAAUCUCGGGAAUAAUAGAAGAUACAAAUGGGGCCUUUGCUGGCUUGGAUAGUCUGAGCAAGCUAACACUGUUUGGAAACAAGAUCAAAUCCAUAGCCAAAAAAGCAUUUGCAGGACUGGAGGCCCUUGAACACCUAAACUUGGCAAAUAAUAUGAUCAGGUCUAUCCAGGGAGAAGCGUUUACCAAAAUGAAGAGCCUGAAAGAACUAUCUAUGAACAGUGAUAGCUUUUUAUGUGACUGCCAGUUAAAAUGGCUGCCACAGUGGCUCAUAGGACGAGACUUCCAAUCCAGUGUAGUUGCUACAUGUGCUCAUCCAGAAUCACUGAAAGGCAAAAGUAUCUUCAUUGUGCCUGCAGAAAGUUUUGUUUGUGAUGACUUUCCAAAGCCUCAGAUAAUACUUCAGCCUGAGACAACUAUGGCUAUGCUUGGCAAAGACAUACGUUUCACUUGUUCUGCAGCAAGUAGUAGCAACUUUCCAAUGAUAUUUGCCUGGAAGAAAGAUCAUGAGAUUCUUCACGAGGCUGAGAUUGAAAACUUUGCACAUGUUCGGGCAAAGGAUGGUGAAGUAAUGGAAUACACUACCAUUCUUCAUUUAAGAAAAGUGAAAUUUACAGAUGAAGGAAGAUAUCAAUGUAUUAUAACUAACAACUUUGGCUCAACCUACUCCAAUAGAGCCAAGCUUACAGUCAAUGUGUUACCGUCAUUUGUUAAGACUCCAAGAGAUAUAACAAUCCGAACUGGAGCCAAUGCUCGUCUUGAAUGUGCUGCCACGGGUCACCCAACUCCACAGAUUGCAUGGCAGAAGGAUGGAGGCACAGAUUUUCCUGCAGCUCGAGAAAGACGGAUGCAUGUGAUGCCUGAAGAUGAUGUUUUCUUUAUCGUGGAUGUAAAAAUUGAAGACCUGGGAGUUUACACUUGCACAGCUCAAAAUAUUGCUGGGGCCAUUUCAGCCAAUGCUUCCCUCAUGGUGUUGGAAACUCCAUCAUUGGCUUACCCCCUUGAAGACCAAACUGUGGUGAUUGGUGAAACUAUAGCUCUGCAGUGCAUGGCAUCAGGAAGCCCAUCUCCAAGGAUAACUUGGUUGAAAGGUGAUGAACCUCUUGUGGUCACAAAGAGGCAUCACUUCACACCUGGAAACCAGCUGCUUAUCAUACGAAAUGUGGUGUUGAAUGAUGGGGGUAAAUACACGUGUGAGAUGUCUAAUACACUUGGCACUGAGCGAGCUCAUAGCCACCUCAGCAUCUUACCAUCAUCAAGUUGUGUUGUGGGGCAAAGCAAAAAGGAUGGGACUAUGACUGUUGGCAUUGUCAUCAUUGCUGUAGUGUGCAGUAUUGUAAUAACUUCACUAGUAUGGGUAUGCAUCAUCUACCAGACCAGGAAGAAGAGUGAAGAAUAUAGUGUUACCAAUACAGAUGAGACCAUUGUACCACCUGAUGUACAAAGUUACCUCUCUUCACAAGGAACAUUGUCUGAGCGUCAGGAAACAUGUGUCAAGAUGGACGAUAGUAGCAACUUGCAACUAGCAGUGACGCUUCCUAAUGGACGUAUGGAGAGCAAUGGUAUGUGUCGGUCCGAUGCUGGAAGCUGCGUCGAUGUGGCAUCUCGUAAUAUUCCCUGUAGACAGUCAAAGUAUUGUGUUGGAUGUAACGUUAAAGAUGGAUGUAACCAUGCAGCAGAAGGAAGGCUGAGCUUGGAGAAAAUAGGUUCUUUUGAUGUUCCGGAUCCGUUUGAUAAUGCCAACAUUUACUCCAAGGGAUUUGAAUGUUCAAAUCCAUAUAGAAGUGUGGAUCAUGGUGCAGAACAGAAUAGAAUCGAUGAAGACAUUCUGAAUAAUUAUCCAUGCAACAGAACUUCCAGUAGCCUGAAGGAGAGGCAAGAGCUUGUAUAUCCUAGCAAUCAUGACAGGAUGACAUCACAGCCACAAAACUUAACACCUGUAAAGUUUGCUGACAAAGGUUUGUCUUCUCAACCUGUGCUGUUAUGUCAGGAAUGUCUCAAUCCUGUACAACCUCAACUGUUGGAGACCUCAAAUCACCAAUCAGUAUCUUUGUGUGACAAACCUCAGACUGUAUUGCACAGUGACACUGAAGUUGACAUUAAACAGACAUUAUUACUUAAUGGACAGUUAUCACAAUCUUGUGACUGCGUCUGAAAAACAAAAAUUGCAGAAGAAUGCAAACUUAUGCCUGUGCACUGAAAACUGUUUUUUGUUACUACCUCACCUCUUAGCAUACCUCUCUCCAACAAGAUGAAGAGACAUGGCAGGACAGAGCUUGUGUGGGAACAAUCCUAUUCGAGCGUUCUUUAACUGUAUAUAUUUUUUAAGCUUCCAUGGGAAGUAUUAGUAGCUCAACAAUUGACUUGCAUUUGAAGCAUGUAAAUGCAGGGCAUAAUGUACAGAGAGAAAGGAAUGUUUUUAUAUGUUUGUACAUAAGAGUUUCCAUAUAUGUAUCUUAUACAGAAAAUAUUUUAAACCUAUUUAGUGCAUGAAUAACAUGAUUUUUUUUUAGAAUUUUUGAAACUUUCUCCUGGUUAUGUUGGUUGCUGUUAAAUUUUGCAAAACCUUCUGGUGCCUUAUUACAAGGGGUCAUAGUGAAAAUAACUGCUUGUAUAAAACCCACUUCCCCUUCCACUGAACGCACAGCUAGUAUAUAUGUACAGGGCAGAAUUAAAAAUAGAAAUUGGGCAAUUGCAUUACUACAGAAUUUCUAGGAAAUUGCAUAAAUUAUUUGACAAGGGUAUAUUUCAUUUAUAAACACAGUUCAUUCUUUAAUUACAUUUCUCCAGUGCUUCUUUCCUCUGUAGUUUGGUAUAGAAAGUACGCUGUAGAAAUAAGUAAAGCCACUCAAAAGCUUUAGUGGUCAGUGAGUUAUAGCAUUAAUUCUGCUAUUAUCAGCCAAUAAGACACUGGAGAAAUUAAAAAUUUCAUUAAUUAUAUACUGCUUGUCCAGAUCACUUGGAAGAGAGUUCUUGUUAGCUUUUAGUAUGGGAAACUCGUGGAUUGCAUUAUUAGGAAAAUAGCAUUGGGGUUAACCAAAUAUUGUUCACAGUAGUUUAUAUUUGCAACUUUUUGUUCCUUUAAUGAUUUUACUAAUCACCUGCUAAAAUUGGAAACAAUAAGAUCUUGGAGUGGAGCUUUCAGGUUUAAAAUCCUAUAAUUGACAGAAUGUCAUUCUUCCAGUAAGCAUUUCCAUGCCUCAAACCACACUAGGGGGGAAAAAAAGACUCUCCAUGGUUAAUAUUCACAUUUUAUAUAUUACCAGAAAGGACACGGCAAAGCUGCUCAAAAGGAGGCAAACAGAGAAAGAAAGUGUUACUUUUCUGCACAUAUUUAUUUAUACAAUUUGGUAAAAAUAUACAUUGUUACAGAAAUGUAAAAUAUAGACGUGUCUAACAAAGGUAUUGAAGUGUCUAAUAAAAAUCAUUUAUAAUACAAAA